UUUUUUAAAGAAGAAGAAGAAAAAAAGAUAAAAGGUGGCUCGUUGCUAAGUGACGGGGGGGGGGGGGUUAGCUGUUGCUAUAGGAAACGUUGGUCCACAGUAACCAGCAGCUGUUCGAACUUUCUAGAUCUUUCCGCAGCAGCAGCAGCAGCAGCAGUAGGGAUGUCUGCACUUCCUGCCAAGCCCGGCCUUCGCCUCGGCGUGCCAGAGUGGAACAGCAACAACCAGCUGCUGGCUGCCACGGCUCAACACGAGCGGAGCGUUUCCAACGUGAUCCGACAAGAGGGCAGGUCGCUGCGCAACGAGACCAGCUGCCAGACCACCCACUACGAGAGUGACACCUCUCGCAAGUUGAGCGACCGGGUUUGGGAUGUUGCUCGAUGGAAGGGAGCAUUGGCAAGCUGUGCGAAGAAAGUGGAUGUCGAGAUGGAGGCUCUGACCUUGUGCAAAGAGCAGGCCGAGCAGGCCUUGGCCGCGACCGCCGUUCCUCUGGAGGUCAGCGCCGAGUGUCUGGCGCUGAGGGACGGGCGCCGCGGGUACGAGCUGGUCAUCGACCCCGUGGACGAGCAGCUGAGGAAAGAGGUGGAGCUGAUCGGUCGAGUGCAGAAGGUUCUGCAGCAGCACAUCGACACGGCCUUUGAACAGCUGUGCGUCUUGCAGGAGGCUCGGCAUCAGCUGACCGCCGACCUCCAGAACAAGAUGGACGCUCUUGACAUCGAUAUGUCCUGCCUGUCACUCACGAUAGAGUCACCUCAGAUCUCGCUGAAGAUCAACCCGACUCGCAUACCGUCCGGUUCCUGCACCCCCCUGGAGUGGGUCCAGUUCAGCCAGUAUAAUGUGGCCCGAGCCCAGGCGGCCAUGCAGGUGUCCCAGCAGAUGAGGGAGGACAUGACUCUCACCAGAGCCCAGCUGCAGAAUGAGUUGGAGACUCAGUGGAGCGCCACAGAGUUUGCUCUCCGCAAGCGCUAUCACCGCGAGGAGCAGGCCCGCGACGAGCUGGAGUGGCAAAUAAAAACUACGGAAGAUGAAAUGACGGAAAUGGAGAGCGACAUCUACGGACUGGACGCAGACCUGCAGGCGAAGACGGCCUGCAUGAAGCUGGCUCACACCAGACUGGAGAACAGGACCAGCAGACCCGGCAUGGACCUGUGCAGAGACGAGGUGCAACGCAGCCUUGUGAGUGAAGUCCAUCAGCUGCAGGCGACAAUCACGGCUCUGAAACUAAAGCUGUCUGACGCUCGGCACUCCCUGCAGAAGCUGAGGCUCCAUCACUCCCGCAUGCUGGAGGAUCUCUCCAGAAAGCGGGAAGCCUUGUCGUUGGAGCAGCGAAGCAUGAACACCCGCAUCCACCUCGCGUUGCCGUCCUGCACCGGCAAACUUCCGGUGCUGCUGCCGGUCCCGCUCACAAACUCCAGUGGGAGGAGCAACCUGCAGCUGCUGGCUCAGUAAGAAGACGGGUGUCCGAGGGGACGGGAUCGGAUUUGACAAAAUAAAUGAUGACGUUUUUUAGCUUUGACUUCCUGUUUUUAAAAAGCAAUGGACACCACCAUGUCCAUACUUAAAAUUCUGAGGUCUGGCUGGAGUUAAUAAAACUUACAAAAUUAAUUAAUCAUUUGCUGAA